AUGACUGUUGUUUUCAAUCCUGAAAUGAAAUCUCUCCUGCAAAAGCAGGUAAGGAUUACUAUCAACCAAAAAAGAGAGGCAAUAGGAACUCUUGUUGGCAUUGACCAGUUCAUGAAUCUUUCUUUGAGAAGGGUUCAAAUCAAAGCUCCAUUUGAUCCAAAGCCCGUCGUUGUUGAUUCCUGCGUUAUUCGAGGAGCCAGCGUCCUUUCUCUCGAAGCAAUUAAUACUUGA